GGGAGCGGUGCUGCUUCUGCCCGCCAGUAACAUGGAGGAAGGAGAAGAACAGCAAGGUUUGUCUCCGAAGGAUGGGAGCGACACACCGAGCGAGCCGGCACCGGGACCUCCUGUAUCCCCGGCCACGGAGGAGCUUUCGGGAGAGGCGAAACGAAAAAUUGAUGUCCUGCUGAAGGCGGUUGGGGACACGCCAAUCAUGAAAAAUAAAAAGUGGACUAUCGAGAAAACGCGCACAGUGCAAGGCCUUAUGGACUUCAUCAAAAAAUACCUCAAGAUGGACUCUUCAGAGCAGCUGUUUAUCUAUGUGAAUCAGUCAUUUGCCCCAUCACCUGACCAAGAAGUUGGCAUCCUAUAUGAGUGUUUUGGAAGUGAUGGGAAACUUGUUUUACAUUAUUGUAAAUCACAAGCCUGGGGUUGAAAGUCCAAUGGUUACUUCUAGCACUGUUGCAUUUGUUGGUCACAAUGGCUUUCUUCACGUGACUGCUUGGAAUGAUUGGACUCCACUGAAGACACUUC